CGUUUCGCAACAAAAUCAUACAAAUUCGUUCCUCUAAAUCGGUUCUUGCAUGUGCAUUCAUCCCAUGGAGAAAAGACAACUUUAAGACAAAAGAUGUUUUGGAAGUUGCUUGUCCCAAUACUAUUGGGACAUUUCAUCGUAUUGAAUGCCCAAUACGUGCCGAGCUUUUUGAAAACGAAAUAUGGCAGCGCUUUUGGAGGAAAUCCUAACCAAGGUGUGAAAACCUACACGAAAACCAAGACCAAAACGAAGACGUCUUACGGAAAACCUGGAAACUAUGGAGACGCAAAGUAUAAUGGCGGAUGCAGAACAGAACCUGUGACUCCGUACAACUCAGGUAUUACCUGCUCAAAGUUCAGUGGAUGCGUAGCCAAGUGCAUCUCUGGAUAUCAGUUCCCCAAUGGAGAUCAGAGCAUUUACCUCAGUUGCACCAAUGGUGUUUGGGGUGUCAAGUAUGGUGUCUGGGAAUCAAUUCCAUCUUGUGAACCCAUCUGCAUGCCGCAGUGCCAGAACAAUGGUAUCUGUGUUGCUCCGGACAAGUGCAAUUGCCCAGAGAACUUCUCCGGCCCACAGUGCCAGUAUGAGAACAAGCCUUGUUUCAAUUACCCAUCCAUGCCGAGGAAUUCCAAGAGAUCUUGCAGAUCAAACAUCUGCACCAUCUCCUGCAUGCCUGGACAUGAAUUCCCUGGAGGCUCCAGCAUUACAACAAUGGAAUGCAAGAAUGGACGUUGGGAACCUACCAAACAAGGAUGGGCCACAGUUCCUGAUUGCUCAGCUAAAUGUGAUCCUCCUUGCCAAAAUGGAGGAAACUGCUUAUCAUUGAAUGUAUGCCAAUGUCCACAGAACUUCAGAGGACCCCAGUGCCAAUACUCUUCAAGUGCGUGCAGUGCUAGGAAACUGCAAUUCAAUGGACCAUACAAUUGCACAGGCAAUUUGGAUUCGUUCAGUUGUUCAAUCUCUUGUCCAGAAGGAAUCCAAUUCGAAUUCUUCCCGGAAUCACUGUAUACCUGCACAUACGAUACAGGAGUUUUCUUGCCAUCACCUGUACCACAAUGCGUUUAUCCUAAAAACGUUAAUGUAAUCCCACUGGAAGGAGCAUCGCACAGUUUUUACAAAACGGGCUUUUCAAUGAAUUCUCUAACGAUCAAUGGAAACAAAUACAAACACGACAAUGAUUUUUGGUCUACAUCGAAAUGGAAUCAAAUGGCUGCACCCACAGUUGAUAGCCAUGUGGAAAUCAUACCGCUGAAGCAGUAUCGUACCUUGGAACAUCAAGUCGUCAUCAUUGAGGAAAGGACACCGAAACCAGGAGUUUGCUUCACCUGGGGCGGAUCUCAUUUCAAGACUUUCGAUGGUCGCGUUUUCAGCGUUCACUCCGAUUGCGCUCAUACGUUAGCUCGGGAUGCAGUUGAUAACACUUUCAGUGUCAUCGUUUCCAACAAUCCGUGCAAAGAGAAUCAUAACGAUUGUUACAAAAUCAUCACUAUCUACCUGCAGGACAAAGAGUACACUUUAAAGAAAUCAAAUAAAAACGUACCGAUUUUGGUUGGAAAGAAGAAGACGUUGCCUAUUCCUGGACAAGUUCCUGGAUUACGCGCUGAAUUGUCGGCUCAUUACGUUAUUGUUUCUUUGGAUUCGGUUGGAGCUAAGAUAAAAUGGGACGGACAUCAAAUGGUUCAAUUGGAAGUAAACGAAGCUCUCUGGAAUAGAACUGCAGGUCUUUGCGGUCAUUUCGACGGAGACUCCUCAGACGAUUUAACUUCCAAGGACGGUACUCAACCCAAUAACUUAGUAACUUUAGCUAAAAGCUGGCAAGUUGAUAAGUUAAAUGACGAUUGCAAGUCGAAUCCUACCGAAGAACACGUUUGCCAAGGAUCGGGUAUCUUCGGUUCUCAAUCACACAGGGCUACCGAAUUCUGCAAGAAACUAUUGAGUGAUGCACGAUUCGCUCGUUGCCAUGCUGUAUUGGAUACUACUGUACUCUUGGACGCUUGCCGCUGGGAUUACUGCUCUUGCGAAAGCUCUGACCCCGAGGAGUGUGCUUGCGAAACAGUCAACGUCUUUGUAAGAGCUUGCGCUUACAACGGUGUCAAUGAUUUGGGUAUAUGGAGAGACGAAAAAACGUGUCCAAUGAAAUGUACGGGAGGUCAUGUUUACAUGCCCUGCGCUCCAGUGGGCGGUCAAGCAGUCUGCGGAGCUUCGGUAGAAAAAACUGAAGGUUGCGAAGAGGGUUGCUACUGUCCAAUUGGAACAGUUAUGCAUGAUGGUAAAUGCAUCACCAGAGAUAAAUGUCCUUGCAGAUUGCGCGGAAAAGAUUUUCCUUCGGGAUCGAGCGUACCAAAAGACUGUAACACUUGUACUUGCUCCGAAGGACAAUGGAUUUGCACUCAGGUCGCUUGCGGUGCCAGAUGCUCGGCAUUGGGAGAUCCUCAUUACAUCACCUUCGAUGGGAAACGAUACGAUUUCAUGGGACAAUGCUCAUACUAUCUAAUGAAAACCAAUGAUACUGAAAUCGAAGCUGAGAACGUGGCUUGCAGCGGCACCAUUUCUCAAGCUAUGAACUUCCCUAGCAGCAUUUCAACAGGUUUGCCCUCUUGCACUAAAACUGUUACCGUUAAGUAUGGUGGACAAACCAUCAAACUUAAACAGAACCACGAGUUAACAGUUAACGGUUUGGAAAUAACAAAACUUCCAUACAAAGUUGCGGAUAUUACUGUGAGGAGUGUCUCAUCCAUUUUCAUGAUAGUUGAAUUACCCAAUGGCGUUGAAGUUUGGUGGGAUGGUCUUACGAGAGCUUACGUAGAUGUUCCAUCCUCAUUCAAAGGUAGAACGCAAGGUCUUUGCGGUACUUUCAAUGACAACCAGAAAGACGAUUUUGUGACUCCUGAAAACGACGUUGAACAAUCCGUUAUUCCUUUCGCCAAUAAAUGGAAAACUCAUGAAAAGUGCAAUGACAUCCCUGACAAGUUAAAAUCUCAUCCAUGCGAGAUGAACGUUCACAACAAAGCCGCCGCUGAAGGAUAUUGCAAACAUUUGAAAUCCGACGUAUUUGCCGGUUGUCAUUGGUAUGUUGAUCCUGAGCCAUUCUAUCAAGACUGUUUAUACGAUAUGUGCUCGUGCGAAGGAAAGGCUUCAAGAUGCUUGUGUCCGAUGUUAGCCGCCUAUGCCGAAGAGUGCGCAGCUAAAGGAGUUAAAUUAGGAUGGAGGUCUGAAGUUCGCGAAUGUGGAGUUACUUGUCCUGCUGGACAAACUUAUCAAGUGUGCGGAAAUCCUUGCACCAGAACUUGCAACGAUGUUACUGAUAGACCUGAUUGUAAACAACGUUGCGUCGAAGGCUGCAAUUGCCCAGAAGGACAGACUUUGGACAAUAAAGGUGAAUGCGUUCCAAUUGGUCGUUGUGGUUGUAGACACGACGGAUUGGAUUUCGCUGCUGGAUACAAAGAAGUUAGACCUGCCAGCAAAGGAUUGGAACUCUGCACUUGCAUUAAUGCCCAAUGGACUUGCAAACCUGCUAAACCAGAUGAAAUCAAACAAUUCCCAAGGGCCAGCGAUUUAAAGUCCAAGUGCAACGCUACCCGAAACUUUGUUUUCACCACUUGCGAAUCGGUUGAACCUACAACAUGCAAAAAUAUGCACGAGGAAGACUUUGUGAGUGCUGGAAUUUGCCAUCCCGGAUGCGAAUGUAAACAAGGUUACGUGCUUGAUACACAAAGUAAAAUAUGCGUGAGGCCAUCCGAAUGUCCAUGUCAUCACGGUGGUCGAAGCUACAAAGAGAAUUCCGUUGUCCAAAACGAUUGCAACACAUGUAAAUGUCAAAACGGAAAAUGGGAUUGCACGAAUCGUCAAUGUUCUGCACAGUGCACCGCUUGGGGCGAUUCUCAUUUCAAGACUUUCGAUGGAAAAAUGUUCGAUUACCAGGGCCAAUGCGAUUACGUUUUAGCGAAAGGAGUAUUAGAGGCGGAUAACUUCGAUGUCACCAUACAGAACGUUCCGUGUGGAACUCUUGGAGUUAGUUGUUCAAAAUCUUUGACCAUCAAAAUCGGACCAGAAAGUAUCACUCUGACCAGAGGCAAAAAAGUUCCCUUCACCCAAGUCUUCAACCGUUUCACCGUACGCAAUCGCGACUUGUUCGUCAUAGUUGAGGCUGCUGAUUUAGGAUUAAUUGUGCAUUGGGACAAGGGUACAAGGGUUUACGUUAAAGUUGAUCCAAGGUGGAAAAAUAAGGUUAAAGGACUUUGCGGUAACUACAACGACAAUGAGAACGAUGACUUCCAAACACCUUCCGGCGGAUUAACAGAGGUUUCUGCUAGGUUGUUCGGUGAUUCUUGGAAACUGCAAUCGUAUUGUCCGGAAGCUCAUGAAAUUACAGACACUUGCAUACAAAGACCUGACAGGAAAAUUUGGGCGUUGAAAGAAUGCGGCAUUUUGAAGUCCUCUACAUUCGCUCCAUGUCAUUCAGAAGUCCCAGUUGACAGUUACUUGGACAACUGCGUUUUUGAUUCUUGCGCUUGUGACCAGGGAGGAGAUUGUGAAUGUCUUUGCACUGCAAUUGCCGCUUAUGCUCAAGAAUGUAACAAUAGAGGAGUCCCGAUCAAAUGGAGAAGCCAAGAGUUGUGUCCAAUCCAAUGUGAUGAAAGAUGUUCUUCGUACAGUCCUUGUGUAUCUACUUGUCCAGUAGAAACGUGCGACAAUUUAUUGGUGCAGAGUCCUUUGAGCAAAUUGUGCAAGGAGGACAGUUGCGUCGAAGGAUGCGAACCUAAACCAUGUCCAGCCGGAUUCGUCUACUCCAAUUCAUCGCUUAAUGAUUGCGUGCCAAAGAGUUUGUGCAAGCCUGUCUGCUUGGAAGUUGAUGGAAUUGUAUACUAUGAAGGAGAUUUGAUGGAGGAAGACGCUUGCAGAAGUUGCUACUGUUCGAGAGGAAGGAAAUCUUGUAAGGGCACCACCUGCGCUAUUGAAGUAACUACACCAAAAACUGAAGGACCUAUCACCCAUCAAAUGGAACAAUUGAACCAAUGUAAAUCAGGUUGGACCGAAUGGAUCAAUCAGGAUAAAAUUCAGAAUGUUGGCGCCAAAACAAAAUCUAAAAUGAACAAUAAAUUCACUGAUGUGGAACCAUUGCCUGACGACAUUAUAAUGAACAACUUAAAAGGACCUGCUCGUUGUCCGCAAGAUAAAAUUGCGAACAUUGAAUGUCGUACAGUAAGGACUCAUAAACACUACAAGGAAACUGGAGUUGAUGUGGAAUGCAGUUUAGAGAAAGGUUUGAUCUGCCAAUCAAGGAAAGGACAACGCCCUUGUCCCGAUUUCGAGAUUCGAGUUUUAUGCAAAUGCGAGGAGGAACCUGUGACUACUGUUGUACCAUGCGAUGUUAGGAAACCCAAUGAAGAACAUCCAGACGAUUGUCACAAGUUUAGGCAGUGCUCUCCAAUCACGGGAUUGGUUGAGAAGACUUGCGGACCGAACAUGCUGUAUAAUCCGGAUACGAUGAUUUGCGAUUGGCCACAGAAUGUCUUGAAGAUCAAACCACAAUGCGAGGAACAAAUAACGAAAGAAACUAUUUCGGAAGUAGGUAAUGAACCGGAAGUCGUAACGGCCGGAAUAGAAGAAGAUAUUCUUGACAAAGGUGAACCUGCCUGUCCGGAUGGUUAUGUCAUGGACUCGUGUGCCAUCGAAUGCGACCGUAUGUGUCUGCACUAUUCUUACAUUGUCAAAGAAAGUGGUUUAUGUAAGGGUAACACCAUCUGCGAAUCCAGUUGCGUGUCUGCCAAUAAGCAAAGAACUUGUCCUACGGGCAUGGUUUGGGCCAAUAACAACACCUGCGUUGCAAUUCAAAAUUGCAUGUGCACCGACCACGAUGGAAAACCCGUUAAACCCGGAACCGUCGUUAAAGAAUCUGACUGCAUGCUGUGUCAAUGCAUUGAUAAUUAUUACACUUGCGACAAGAGUACCUGUGGUGAUGAAGAGGAAGCAUACACAAUUUUACCAGAUGUCAUUGAAACCGUUUCUGGACAACCUAAAUACGUAACGGAACCAACUAUUAUGGUUGUAAACACAGUAACACCUCCGAAAGAAUGCAACCCCGACAUGUACACUGAUUUAAUACAAGGUGAUCAACCUCUACCUGAUGAUGCAUUCUCAGCUAGCACUGUGUUGGGUGCUUCGUUUGAGGCGAAACACUCCAGAAUCAACAGCCAAAUAACUGCUGAUAAUGGUGGAAGUUGGAUGCCCAAGGAUACAAACAAAGAUCAAUAUUUGCAAAUUAAUUUCGGUAAACCGGAACCCGUUUACGGAAUCGUAAUUAAAGGAAGUCCGCUUUACGCUGAAUUUGUUACCAGUUUUAAAGUUCUUUACAGCAAUGAUGGAGAAACGUAUAGCUUUGUAACCGACAAGAACAAGAAGCCGGAGGUAUUCCGUGGAUCAUUGGAUGGUAAUUCGCCGGUCAAACAAAUGUUCAACGAACCAAUUGAAGCUAAAUUAAUUAGGGUUAAUCCCCAAACCUGGCAUCAAAAUAUCGCAUUGAGAGUGGAAUUUAUUGGAUGUGGAGUUACACGCACCACUACUACCUCCUACGGAUUAGUCACACCCAAAUUCGAUCAAUGUUUUGAUCCAAUGGGCUUAGGCGAUGGAACAAUGUCCGACCAACAAGUUGUAGUCAGCUCCGAAUACGGGCCAAAUAAUUCUAAGAAAUAUUUGAACAUUAAGGGAUCAAAUGUCUGGAGACCUAUGACCAAUUCUCCUACAGAAUGGAUUGAGUUUAAUUUGAUGGGGCCACGUAACAUCACCGGUUUUGUGACUAAAGGAGGUCCAGCUGGAUGGGUCACAGCCUUUAAAGUCAAAUACUCGAGCAAUGGAAAGGAUUGGAAUCCGAUUUUGGACGAGCUCAAGACCGAGCGCACAUUCUUGGGCAAUUACGACGAGAAUUCUCCGUUGAUCAAUAACUUCGAUCUACCAAUUUUGGCUACUUACGUGAAAAUCUUCCCAGUAAAAUGGCAAAAGAAUAUCGCUCUUAGGAUCGAAUUGCAUGGAUGUUUUGAACCUUACCCAAUAAUUGAAGAACCAGUGGCAACUGAAGCCCCAUCCCCGUGCAAUAGCUGUCCAGGAACGACAGAAUCUGAAUUGGAAUUAGCAGCUUGUCGUUGCCCACCACAUCUUUGGUUUGACGGAGAAAACUGCGUUUCUCGACCGGAAUGCCCAUGCGUUAUUGGACAUAUUCCUUAUUCCAUCGGUACGGUAUUCGAGAAAGAAGAUUGCUCGCAAUGCAUCUGUAAACUGGGUGGAGUUUCACACUGUACACCUAAAGUUUGCGACAAAUGCGAUGAAGGUCUUAAGAGUAUCGUUACUAGCACUUGCGGAUGCGUUUGUUUACCUUGUGACCCAGGCACUGUACUUUGUCCAACCAGUAACAUUUGCAUUAAUCAAACGUCUUGGUGCGAUGGAAUCCAAGAUUGCCCCGACGAUGAGGUGAAUUGUAAAACAACCGAAGUACCAACUACCACCAUUGAGCCUUUAAUUGGAACUACCAAAGUUAGCGAAUCAAUGACCAAGGCAUGUCCAAAAGUGGAAUGCCCUCCAGGUUAUAAAGUCAUUCAAAAGAAGCCUGCGAGGUCACAACGAUUGAAUUCGUAUUACUGGACAAUGUUCUCGACUCAAGCACAGAAAGUCCCUAAGAAAACCAAUUACCUACCAAAGAAGACCAAAGGAGGUACUAAAGGCGGAAUCAAGGAUGGUUCCCAAGUAUCCCAGGUUCCAGCAAAAUCUGAUAAGACAAUGCUCGCUGAUAAAUCAGUUUGUCCCGAAUAUAAAUGCGUCUCGAAUCGACCACCACCAGAAUUCAUACCUGGAAAACCCUGCCCACCGGCAAGAUGUCCUCCAGGUUACAAUUUGGAGUUCAACGAGGAAGAUGUUAAGGAUAGAUCAAAGCUUUGUCCAAGAUACGAUUGCUCUCCUCCGCCUGCACCGGACGCAAUUUGCAAUGUUACCGGAAGGACGUUUAAUACUUUUGAUGACACUGAAUACAAAUAUGAUAUUUGUGAUCAUAUCCUAGUUAGGGAUUUGGAUAAAAUGGAAUGGACCAUUGGACUAAAGAAAAUAUGCAAUGAGAAAUACUGUACGAAAAGUUUGAUCGUAAACCACGACGACCAUGUCUUCAAGUUCAAUCCAGAUUUGAGCGUUGAAUAUGAUGGUUUCACUUACAGCGUUACCCAGACGAAGAAAAUCGGAAGUCAAUCACAAUCUUUCACUAUAUCUCGCAUCGGUCAAACUCUAUUAUUCGUUUCAAACCACUACGGAUUCUGGGUGAUCUGGGAUACGCAGAGCAACGUGAAAGUUGGAGUUUCUAGUAAACUGCUCGGCAAAGUCGAUGGAUUGUGUGGAUUCUACAAUGACAAUGGAGCUGACGAUAAAAGAAAACCCGCAGGGGAAGAGGCUAGAACAACUGCCGAAUUUGGAGACAGCUGGGGCUAUGACAAAGAGAAAUGCGAACCGAAGACUUGUCCAAUUCAUAUACAGAACAAGGCAUGGGAUAUGUGCAAUCAAGUGAAGAGUCAAGUGCUCAGUCCGUGCAGCAAAGUUAUCGUUGUUGAUACCUUCAUUUCACGAUGCCUGGAAUCAACAUGUGCUUGCUUGCAGAACGCUGUUGAUAAUUCAACAGCUGAAGACCAAUGUCGUUGCAAAGCUCUGGAAACGUUCGUUGUUGAUUGCAUGACCGCUGACAACGACAUAGAACUCACCGAUUGGAGAAUGUUGCACGAAUGCCCUGUUGAAUGUGAGGCUCCUUUGGUCCAUCACGAUUGCUACAGAAGACGUUGCGAACCUACAUGUGAAACUAUUUCGGAUCCUAAUAUCUGUCCGAAACUUCCCAACGUUUGCUUCCCAGGAUGCUAUUGCCCGCCAGGUUUGGUUCGUAAAGGAGAUUCUUGUAUCAAAGCGUCUACCUGCAAAGAUUGCGAAUGCAACGUCCUACCUCACUUGCAGUAUGUAACAUAUGAUGAUACAAAUUUCACUGUUAACGGAAAUUGCGUUUACGUUAUGUCACGCGAUGUAUUGGAAAAAUACCAUGACGAACAUCAAUUCCAAGUGCUUGUAACCAAUGCUCCGUGCAGAGAUAACAAAGAUAAAACAUGCGUUGGCAAGGUUACUAUUUUAUACCAAGGGCACAAGAUCCACAUUCUGUUUGAUGGAAUCAAGAACAACCUGAAGUUAAUCGUGGAUGCAGAAAGGAUCGAUGAUUUUACAGUAAUCGCGGAUUGGGCUAAUGUGAGAGAAACCAAGUCUAAGCAUCUUAAGAUUCUCCUUACAAAGGCGCAAGUAGAGGUUAGCAUUUACUUCCCGUCUCUCGGCGUUUCCGUGAAAGCCCCAUCGCAUCGGUAUGGUGGAAAGUUGGAAGGUUUAUGCGGAGAUUGCAACAAGGAUCCUGAAAACGAUAUGCGAACACCCGAAGGAUUGGUAACAACUGAUGCCGACGUUCUUGGACCAUCGUGGUUUUAUGACAAAUUACCUGGAAUGACGAGGGAGACCUGCUCCAAUUUGCCAAAGGAAGAGUGCACCGAAAUGGAUGUCAAUGAUGAUCCUUGCGUACAAUUGGUCGAUAUUGAAAGAUACGCUCAAUGUCACCCAGUAUUAGAUCCAGGCAUGUUCAUAGAAUGGUGCAGAAAGGAUACGUGCGGUGGUCAUCCGGAAUUGGCUUGCCAAGCUAUAGCCGCGUAUGGUCGCGAAUGCCAGAGCAAUGGUUUUUGCGUUAAAUGGAGGUCGGAUCUUUGUCCGGCUCCUAAAUGCACUGAAGAUCAAGAAUACAAAUCGUGCGGUGGCUGUUUGAAGACCUGCGAAUCAAUCAAGAACAAAGACAAAUCCAAACAUUGCAUUCAGAUACCCACCGACGGUUGCUUCUGUCCAGAAGGAAAGGUCAUGAUGAACAACACCUGUGUGGAAGAAAAAAUGUGCGUUGUAUGUGAUGAUGAAGGACAUCAUCCAGGUGAUGUUUGGCAAAAGGAUGCUUGCACUACCUGCGAAUGUGUUGGAUCUUCCAUGAAGUGCGAGACUAAACAUUGCCCAGCUGCCGAAACCGUAUGCCAGAGGGGACUAAUUCCCGUAAAAUUGAACAAAAACGAAAACGAAUGCUGCGAUAAAUACAUCUGCGUACCCGCGGCGACUGCUGGCCCCACUUGCGAACCACCACACAAGCUAAAUUGUGCCCCAGGACAAAUAAUGAAAUUGGAAACCAAAUCUGAUGGCUGUCAACAGUUCGUAUGCGUUUGCAAACCAAUCGAAGAUUGCGACAAAUAUGAUAUGACCUACGACCCAACCCUGGAACCUGGCAUGAUGAAAGUAUUAAAUGACGCUGGAUGUUGUCCAGUCGUCAAUUUGGUUUGCAAAACGGAAAAAUGCCCGAAAGCACCGAUAUGCGAAGAAUUCCAUAAAUUGAAAGAAAAUGUGGGUAAUGGCAAGUGCUGUCCUGAAUGGAUCUGCGAACCUCCACAGAAAUGUAUUGUGAAUUUGGGAUACAUUGCUGCCGAAGACGGUGGUGAAAGGGUGAGGUCCAAAUAUGAAAAGCAAAAGGUCCUCAAGGAAGUUGAUGAAACUUGGCAGGAUGGGCCAUGCAGAGAUUGCAAAUGUUACGGUUCCAAUAGCACCGGUUAUCAAUCGGUAUGUUCCGAAACCGAAUGUCCUGCCAUUACUUCUUCGAGUGAUUACAACGAUUACGAGUUGGUCGCAAAUAAAAUCUACGGUAUAUGCUGCUCGGAAAUCAAGAGAGAAGCUUGCAAACACGAAGGUAAAGUACGCAAGGUUGGGGAGAAAUGGACACCGGAAGGAGAUUAUUGCACCAAAAUGGAAUGCGUUAAAAAUGAUAAAUACGGAAUUGCAAUCUCCACCCAAUCGAUCAGUUGUGAUGAGAAAUGCGAGCUUGGAUCUGAAUACAAACCAGCUACACCUGAAAGCAAAGAAUGCUGCGGUUCUUGCAAAGCUGUCGGUUGCGUUGUCGAUGGAGUAGUUAAACAGGUUGGAGAGGAAUGGUCUUCUGCUGAUCACUGCACUAAUUACUUCUGCAUUAACCUUAAUGGAACUAUGCAAAUUCAAUCAGUGAUGGUUGUAUGCCCGGAUAUUCCACAAGAGCAACUGAGGGAAUACGUUUACGAUUUUAUUCCAGUUGAAGGUGAAUGCUGCAAGAAACACAGGAUGACUGCCUGCAAAGCUGGUUACAAUGUUUACUCUGUGGGACACACUUGGCCAUCACCUGAUGGUGAUAAAUGCAAGACUAUUUCGUGCGUUGAAUCCAAGUACGGAGAACUUCUUAAACAAGAGAGCGUUCAGAAAUGUAACAAAGAUUGCGCCAAGGGCUGGGAAUACGUCGAGUCUAAGACAGAGUGUUGCGGUGAUUGCGUGCAAGUUGCUUGCGUAAUCGGUGAUGAGCUCAAGUCACCGGGAGAGAAUUGGACUUCAGCAGAUGGUUGCACAACCUUUAGCUGCGACAAAUACUUGGACCAAUUUUCAGUAAACAGCCAACACGAGUCUUGCCCGAAAAUCUUGGACGAUUGUCCAAAGGAUCACAUUAUUGUUAAAGGCUGCUGUAAAUAUUGCAACAUCACGUCUGAGGCACAAAGUCAAUGCAUGCCUGAAGAAAUACCCGCAACUAAAUCUGUUGGAAUAGUUGUUGCUGAAAGAGCACCGCACGGAAUUUGUAAAAAUGUUGAAGCUUUGAAAGGAUUCACAGAAUGCGUGGGUACUUGCCACUCAUCCACCGUCUUUAACACAAAGAGCGGAAGUCACGAAUCAAUUUGCUCGUGUUGUCGCGCCACAAAGUAUAGUCCUUUGUUAAUAGAGUUAACAUGUGAGGAUGGAUACAAGUUUAAGAAGCAGGUGGCUGUGCCUACUGUUUGCGGUUGCGAGGGAUGCUCCGCCAAAGUCAUCAAUCCCUUUGCAGGUGUUAAAUCUCGUUAAUAAGUAGUAAAUUAAGUUUCGUAUUAUUUCUUCAUUUAAUGUAUAUAAAAUGUUUGUUUAAUCAAAAAUGUUAUCCUAACUUAGCUAAUUCAUUAUUUACAGGUAUAAAUAAUAUUUUCUGUUAAU